AUGCACGGCUCGGUUACGCUUCGUAUCCGAAAUUGGGGUAGGUUGCGGUUUUGGCUUAGAGUUUUUCGGAUACUUUCCCGCAACAUAUCAGCAACUUUCCCGCAGGAUUCCCUCGCAGCCUCUCACCCCGCCUCCCACGCCGCCUCCCGCGGCGCCUCCCUCGCUUCCCUCGACUUGCGCAACGACGUCAGUUCCCAGGAAGAGCCCACCGGCGACUCGGAGGAGAAGACAUUGACGCUUGCUAUUUCUCCUGCCUUCUCGGUCGCCGUCGCCAAGAUGCAGAAGCUUUGCGACGCCGCGACUGCUGCCGUCAUUGCCGAUCUUGUGCCGUCCCUCGUCAGCGCCGCGUCUCCCCCCGCGAUCGACACUUUCAUCCGCGCGUGCGUGACCGACGGCCUCGACUCCGCCUUCUACGUCAUGGACGCCGCCGUCACGCAGCUGCUGCCACGUGUGCACCCCUUAUACGCCGUCAAGUGCAACCCCGACCUUGCGCUUCUCUCCCUACUCGCCUCCAUCGGCGCAGGCUUCGACGUGGCGUGCAAAGCGGAAUUGGAAAUGGUCGUCGCGGCGUGCGGCGGAGCCUUCCUGGAACCCGGGUCCCGCAUCAUCUACGCCAACCUCUGCAAGCUCCUGGCGCACAUCCGCUUCGCAGCGGCGGACGACGUGAACAUGACGACGUUCGAUUCGGUGACGGAGCUGCAAAAGCUGCGUCGUUAUAACCUGUCCGCGAAGGCGGUGCUGCGCGUGCGCGUGGAUAACCCGGGCACGCGCUGCCCCAUGGGGGUGAAGUACUGCGUGGAGGCAGAGGAGUGCGAAGAGAUGCUGGCGGCCGCGCAGGAGCUCGACGUGGAGGUGGUUGGCGUGGCGUUCCACGUGGGCAGCGGAGCCAAUGACCCGCGCAUCUUUGGAGACGCGAUCGCGCUCGCGAGGGACGUCGUCAACGUGGCGGAGCAGCUGGGCAUGGCGCCGCUGUCGCUGCGGGACAUCGGAGGAGGGUUGACGUACGACGGGCUGCGGGGAGGGCAGGCAGUGACCUGGUAA